AUGUCAUCUAAAAAUUGUAUAAAAGUGUAUGCCAGAUUAAAACCAGAAACAAAGAAGAAAAAUAUAGUAAAUUAUUCUAUUUACAAAGCUUCGGGAAUACCAGGAAUUGUAUUUGAAUUGCCUGAAUGUGGAAAUGAUUCACGUUGUGGCCAUAAAUUUCGUUUCCAUGAGGUUUUGGAAGAAAAUAUUGAACAAGCAAAAGUUUUUGAAACUGUUGUUCAACCAGUGAUUGAUAAUGUUUUGGAUGGUUACAACGGUACAAUAUUGGCUUACGGCCAGACAGGCAGUGGGAAAACAUUCACAAUGACUGGAUCAACGGAAGAAUAUGAAACUCGUGGUGUAAUUCCACGAAGUAUUCAAUAUAUUUUCGAGAUCAUUCGACAAUCUCCAAAUACUUUAUACAGUGUAUAUAUUUCAUAUUUAGAAAUUUAUAAUGAAUUUGGCUAUGAUUUAUUGGAUCAAAAAACUGCUUCAAAAUUGGAUGAUUUACAAAAAGUAUCUGCAUUAGAGGAUAAUAAUGGUAAUAUGCAUUUACGUAAUUUAAGUGUUUUACCAGUCACUGCAGAAACGGAAGCAUUAAGGUUUUUAUUUCUGGGAGAUACCAACAGAACCAUUGCCGAAACUCCAAUGAAUCCAUUUUCCACACGCUCACAUUGCAUUUUUACCAUACAUAUUGGAAUCAGAAAACCCGAUUCACAAACUAUUCGCCGAGGAAAAUUACACUUGGUUGACCUUGCUGGAUCGGAACGCCUUGCAAAAUCAAGUCCAUCAGAAAUGAAAACAAUUAACGAAGCCAAACAUAUCAAUUUAUCCCUACAUUAUUUGGAACAAGUUAUUGUAGCAUUAUCUGAAUCGAAACGCCAGCAUAUUCCUUAUCGAAAUUCGUUACUAACUUCCGUGUUAAGAGAUUCGCUUGGAGGAAAUUGUCUUACUAGUAUGAUUGCUACUUUGUCACUGAAAUCAAGCAAUUUUCUGGAAACAAUUUCUACUUGUCGAUUUGCUGAAAGAGUUGCAUUGAUUAAUAACGAAUUGAAAGUGAAUGAGGAAUCUGAUCCACAAAUAGAAGUAGCUGUACUCAAAUCAGAAGUGGAAUCACUUAAACGUCAACUAACAAUGUACACUAAAACUGAAGUUACAAAAAAAUUAAUUGAAACCCAAGAACAAAAAUGUAAAGAGGCUGUCCAAAAAUACGUGCAAGGUUUAACAAUCGAUUUAGACAUCGAACCGAAUCUCCAAUUCUAUAAAUAUUGCUUUCAAUUGAUGAAAAACAUGAUUCUGAGUAGUAAUUUACAACGGAAAAUGGUUUCUUCUAAGAAUAAGAAAGAAAAUGGUCAUACAAUUUCUCCUGCCACGAAUGUUGAAAGUAUGGAAGAGUGGCAACAGUUGCUGAAACAACGAGAUUCAGAAAUUUCAAUACUAAUAAAUUUACUACGAAAAGAGAAGGAAAAAAAUAACAUGUUAAAAUUUACAACUGUAGCUACGGAACCAAAUAUUAUCCUGUCAGCAACCAACGCCAUGAUUCCCACAUUAUGGUGUACUUCACCAAAAUCAAGAGGAGAUAGUGAAAUGAGUUCUCCACGCAACUCUGUCGAUCUUCAAUUCCAGCAAUUAAAUGAAAAGGAAAAAGCUGCCUACAAGUUAUUUAUGAAUGAUUCAGAAAGUGGUCGAGAAAUGCUCCAUUAUCGGGGAGUACUUAAGGACAAAUUGGCAGCGGCUCGAAAACUUGCAGGAGAUAUUGAAUUGAUUAAAUCUAAAAUUAUUACAAUCCAAAGGGAAUUGCAAUCAGUAUCGGAUUCUCAAAACUCAUUAAAAAUGCUUGUUCAUUUGAAGCAACGGUUAACUGAACAACGUGCCUUGUAUAAAUCGAAAAUCGAGAUGCUGCGCAAGCUAAAAAGUGAAACAGAUCACCUAAAAGAAGAAUUAAAAACAGCUCGAAUCCAACAUUUCCAUCGUUUCAAAGAAUGGUAUAAAAUCGAAACAUUACAAAAGAUUCCAUGUCGUGAGAAAAGUUCUGAUCAAUAUCAAAGUUCAGACCAAUAUAAACCUCCGGAUCAAUAUAAACCUCCAAUACAUCCAACAUCACCAAAACCUCCAAAAUCUCUUAGAAAAGAAGCUCCAAGUAUUUUCUCCAAAGAUAGUUCUGUACUCAAUAUUGAGGAGCAUUUGAGUCAAACUCCAACUACAACGCAUAGUGCUCAAUUAUUAACCGAACCUGCAUUGGGUAAUAAAAGAUAUGUUUGGGAUGAAUUCGUAAAAUCAGAACCGAUUUAUAAUGAACCAGAAGAAGAUGAAACUACAUCCUCAUUUGUGUACGAUGAAGGGGAACCUUCUGAACAACAAACAGAUAAAACUAAAAAAUCCCCAAGAAUUUUGAUUAAAGAAUGCGAUACAAUGACUGAUGUUCAUUCGGAUAUUUUAUCAACGGCAACGAUUUGUGAUCGCGAUGAAAUUGUUGACGAAGAGCAACCGAACAAUGUUUCAACGGGUAAUUGA